AUGUCUAGAAUACCAACUGGCUCCGAGUUCAUCAAGUACUGUACUUGUGAGGCAUGCUCGUACGGCUUGAAGGGACAAUGCGAAGUCAAUCGCGAGCUUUUUGAGCACACGCAGAUUGUUGCAACACUCUUGGCGAACGGAAGCCAACGAAUGAUCGCCAUCGGAUACGCAGUGAGACGCGAGCGUCACCAUGUCACCUGCCACGCCAGCUUGCUCUGUUACUGGUCCCCAGUCAUCAAGAACGCCAUUGAACGAGCCCGAAAGCCUGUGACUGCCCUCUGGAUAACCUUUGGCGAGAAUGGCCGUCGGGCUAUUAUGAUCUGGAGGCAGAUCGUUCAGUGGUGCUAUGUUGGAAGAUUGAUGGAUCCUUCUGACAUCAGCGACGCUACUGUUGGCCACAAUAGCGACAUCGAGGCUCUUUGGAAUGCAGCGAUAACCCUUGAGAUGCACGAGCUUGCCAACUACUGCCUGCGUCUUAUCGUCAUCAAGUACACCUGGGGUCUCAGUGUGCGAAGCGAUACAAGGUUCCAGUUCAACCCUCGAGAUUGUCCGUUUGACGCUGCCGGCCUCUACGAGGUCUUCGUACACAAUCAAAGAGGCUACCUGUACCGUAAGCUACUGGGGUUCAUGGAGGACUUGUUGACUGCCCGCGGUCCACUAACUCCAGGCGCAAUGGAACACGUGAGUCCGGCGGCAAUGCAGAAGUGGACUGAUCUCAUGCAUCGCCACCCGAGAUUCAGUGAGUGGAUCAACAACUUGGGCGGUCUCGAGCACAACAAUGCGAACGCGGUCCUUCCCACGCACUUCAACCAGUGGGCCAAGUACAGAGUCCCUGUCAUGCCCAAGGCGCCGGCAAACGUGCAGGACUGGAUUGAUGAGAACAAAGUGCUUCUCGAGAAGGAAGGCGAGUCGGUGACGCUCAUGGCUAUGUGGCAGCAACAUGGAGAGGGAGAGACCGCGUCCGACCGCUGGGAGUUCUUUCGGGUCCGUCCGAGACGACCGAUCGGACAGGAGUAA